AUGUCUAACCACAGUGAUCAUACCGGCCAGCAGCAGCGCGCUGAUGAAGCAUUCAGAAGGCCUCGAUAUGUCCCCUAUCCUAUGAUGGAUCUGUACCCUGGCGAGCAUCCCAGCGCGAGAAGCUUGUAUCAAGUCGUUCCUGGCGUGCCUGUUCAUCCAACCAGCUCGCAGGAGCGUACUACCAGGUCCGAUAUCCAAACUUUUCCCUUUAGUCGAGUGCCUACCAGAGAAGUCCUCACGGUCCCGGGGGUGCGUGCAACUCCAGUGCCGUCGACAUAUGCUCGUCCCCGAACCCCUGGCUAUAGCUUCGCCGCUCGUCAGCCCCAAACUCCUUUGCCCUCUCAACAGCUGCCUUCUCGGCCUCGCCUUGGUACCUUUUCCAGUCCAGGAUCAAGCAACAGAAGCAGAGGAGCGAAUACCAGAGGUGGACCGCCUCCGUAUUGGCAGCAUAUUGGUGAGCCCAGCAUAUUUUGCACUCCUCCCCGCGCGAUGAACGACUUCCCGCCGGUGGGUCGUCGUGCGUCGCUGCCGUUGCCUCCCAUCCAGCACAUCUUCAGCUCCGUCGGGCCCCAGGACGAGAUAGUUGAACUUCCUCCACUCUUUGCGAGCCCUAGCGUCUUUAACCAUAUGAGAGAUGCUGACCCGGCGACUGCCGUUGAUGCCGGAGUAGGCCCCCGGUCUAGGUCUAAGUCCCCCGAUUCCCGCAGAAGUCACGGUUCAGGAAGCGUUCCUGAGCCCGCGAGAACCCAUGAAGAGCCUUCCACUCCGACCCCGAUCCAGUCAGCUCCACCCCGCGUCCCUCGUGCGCGCCAGAGAGAUCCCUCGCCCAAGAAGACACAGCCGGAGCCCGAGGUGCCCGACUCGUCAGCUGAGCUGACCGAAUUUGUCGUCGUCGAAGCGCACACGGCCAAAUGUGAUAUUUGCAACAAGCGUAACAGCCAGGGAAUGACUCGGUGUGCUGAAUGUGGAUGGCAGACGUGCAAUGCGUGCACCAUCAAGAACCAUUACUUCCGCAGCCAUCAAGCCGGUACUGCGCUCCAUGUUGGCCCGGUUGACAAGAAAGACCUGCCGACUGCAGCCAGCGUGAAGAAAGCGAAGCAAGCUGCCAAAAGAAAGCGAGAGGAUCCAGAUUACGUGCCAGAGUCGGAAAGAGGCAGCAAAAAGAAGCGUACCGCCAAGUCCCAGGUUCGAGCGACCGAAUAUGCCUUCAAGCCCUCUUCCUCCUCUUCCCUCGACGGAAGUCCUAAUGAAGCCGGUUCUGCAGGUUUGAGAGAAACCGAUGCCGUCGUCAAUGCGGCGCGCAAUUUGUAUGCGAUGAGCUUAGAGGCUUUUGAGAUGGAUGCACGCGCUCAAGCAAGUAUGAUGGACAUAGGUUGGUACCAUUCAGUAUGGGUCGAAGUCAACAAGAACAAGCACAGAAGGGAUGACGACGAUGAGACCGAGCUUAUGGAGAUGGAGGAAGGAGAGGACAAUGAAGGAUCAAGCAGCCCCUUGGAUAGAUGCAUACCAAGACUGCGCCAGGAAACCCUUGAGAUAGCGAACGAGGAAGCUGGGAUUUACGUUCGCAACGAAAAAGCCAGAAAGGCGAAUGCGUCUGCCGUGGACGUGGACGAAGGAAGCGAGUGUGAAUGUGAACCGAAGAAUGGGAAGGUCAAGACCAGAGCCCAGGCUUACGCUCGCAAACGCUCCGGCCGUUAA